GCGUCUUUCACGGGGUAGCGCAUAUUCGCCGCAUAGUGGAUAUAUUGCUCACCAUAAUCGCGUGUGCGAAAUUUUGUCAGUGCCUAAAACUUAACGUGAUCGUUUUAUCAGUGCCACAGUGAUUUACGGCCUAACGGACAUUAUAAAGGAGUUUUUAACGGAAAUUUCUAUAGAUAUGAAAAGAAAAAGAUACAAUGCCUAAAGGCGGCUGAGAGAUUGGUGCGUCGUUGGACGCGCCGAACGCAUUAACAUGUCGUUUUUAAAUAAUCUCAAAAAGGUGCUGCACCUCGGCGGUGGAAAUGACGCGAAAAAGAAGAAGGUCUUCAACAACAUCCGCGACAACAGCGACCCGACCGAGAUCUGGGAUAUGGUCGGCGAGCUUGGUGACGGCGCUUUCGGCAAGGUGUACAAGGCCCAGCACAAGACCACCGGUCAGCUGGCCGCUGCCAAGAUGUGCGUCCUGGACAACGAAGACGACCUGGCCGACUUCACGGUGGAGAUAGACAUACUGUCCGAGUGUCGGCACCCCAACGUCGUUGAGUUGCACGAGGCUUACUUCAUCGAUAACAAGCUAUGGAUGCUGCUGGAGUACUGCGACGGCGGAGCCCUGGAUUCGGUGAUGGCGGAACUGGAGAAGGGACUGAACGAAGCCCAGAUAGCUUACGUUUGCCGGGAAAUGUGCAAGGGCUUGCAGUUUCUGCACUCGCGGAGGGUCAUACACAGGGAUCUGAAGGCGGGCAACGUUCUGGCGACUAUGGCGGGCGGAGUUAAACUGGCUGACUUCGGUGUGUCAGCGAAGAACAAGUCAACCCUCCAGAAGCACGACACGUUCAUUGGCACUCCGUACUGGAUGGCCCCCGAGGUGGUGCUUUGCGAGACCUUCCGUGAUAACCCUUAUGACUUCAAGGUCGACAUUUGGUCAUUGGGUAUAACAUUAAUCGAGUUCGCCCAAAUGGAGCCCCCCAACCACGAAAUGACCCCGAUGAGGGUCCUGCUCAAGAUACAGAAGUCUGACCCCCCGACCUUGGACCAGCCGUCUCGCUGGAGCAAAUCCUUCAACGAUUUCAUAUCGAAAGCUCUGGUCAAGGACCCAGAAAAAAGGCCGACAUCCGUCGAACUAUUGAAGCACGACUUCGUCGGAGGGAACCUGGACUCCAAGCCCCUCCGCGACCUCCUGCUCGAGUACAGGGCCGAAGUCGUGGAGGAGGAGGUGCUGGAUGAUGAUAGCGAGGAGCCUCGCAAUUCUCACAUGCCGAUGGAAAUGGAAGAUGACUCGACUUCUGUGAGGUCGAGCGAGACGCCGGACGCGAAGAUGUCGGACACCGAACAAACGGCAGCGGUCACACCCGCUCCCGCUUCAUCGCCCGCUGCCGCUCCCGCGCCCGCACCCGCCGUCGCUCCCGCUCCCGCCGCCGCCAGCAAGCGUCCGCACGACGACGAGCAAACCUCCGCUGACAGGAAACCACCGGCUCCGAAGAAAGAAAAGGGUCCAGCACCGAUGCCCCCGCCCGCGGUGCUCCCCUCGCCCCCCGCCGCCGCCCCCACCCCCGCACCCGCCCAGCAUCGGAACAAGCAGCCGGCCCCCCCGCCGCCGAGCGCUAAGCUUAUAGUUGAUCAGGUUUGCCGAGACGCCGAGAAAGCAGUCGAGAACAAAACCAACAAAUCACCAGAGAAACCAUCGCGCAAUGCAUCACCUAAAUUGGAGCAGAGACUGGCCACGCCUGAGCCCAGAUCGGAACCCCGCGAUGUCGCUCCACGGACCAGCCCAGAAGGACUUGGCAGCAGCGACAGCGCUGAGGAGCUGUCCCGCGCCGGAGAAGUGGACAGAAGUAAGGAGAAGUCCAGCAGCAACGUGGAAAUUAACAAGGCUGCCGAAGAACCUCACAGGAGUAGCGCGAUCGAAACGAACACGGACGACUUGUGCAGAAGUAAAGUGGAAGUGAACAGAAGCAGCGAGGAACUUCGCCGAAGCAACCACGAAACCGACCGAGGUUCGGAUGAACUUAAAAGGAACAAGGAAAUGAACAGAAGCGCCGUAGAGCUGAGGAUAACCGGAGAAACUAAAUUAGAGCAAGCGCGUAUAGUUGAACCUAAGAUGGAGGAUGUGCGUAAGAAAAGAGUUCAGAGUUCCGAGGAUGUGAGUACCAAGGUCGCCCUGAGCGCGCCCCAUCCGCCCAGGGACCAGGAGACGAGGAGGAGCAACGUGGAACUCCGCAUCAGCGAAAUAUACUCGCUGACCAACUCAACCGCGGACAGGACCUCCGAGAAAUCCCCUAAUACCGUACAAGAAAAGGCGGACGUCAAGAGGCUUUCCAGGAACUUCGAGCAGAAGACCUCCAGGUCCAACUCGAGGGAGGAGGACAGACCCGUUGUGGAAGUCAGCAGGGUGAACGCGGAGGUCUGCCGACUGGAGAGGCAUUUCUCCAGGUCUAAUUCCGUCGACGGUCAGAAGGUUGAGAAGAGAAGAGACGACAGGAGAUCGCAGAACGCUAUCGAGAUCAGGCCCGUCACGCCCCCCACCCCGGUGUCGGCGUCCGGCGUGGUGGUCGUGGUGGAACCGAACUCGCUGGCGGCGUGCCCGGCGGGGCUGGUCACCGUCACCACCACGCACCCCCCCGUGCUCACCACGGCCGCUGCGCUGCCUCCUAACGCGGUGACGAUAUCCACGACGCCCCCCAUCGCUGAUGAGGUGGUCAUCGUGGGGGCGGGCUCCUCGUCGGACGACGACUGCUUCGCUCCCUCGUCGCUCGACUCGCUCGACUGCUCCAACGGAUACAACACCACCGAUCGCGUGGCUCGUCGCCUGGACAGCAGCGAGGUCGUGGUGCUGAGUGCUCACGGAGACUCCGGCGUUUUUGACGAUUCCACUCACAUAUUACCACUCGACACGUCGCACGUCUCCGUGGUGACGGUCGGGAACGAGGAGGUCCGGGUACGAGACUCGGCCGCGACCCACAUAGAACUCAGCUCCGGCUCGACCAGACUCAGCCCGGACAGCUUUGAGAGCCGGCGCUCGCAGUCGGACAGCGCGUCGCUGGGCUCGGCGGGGUCGCGCGCGCCCGACACCGACUCCCUGGUCGCGGCGCCCCCCUGCGAACACCGGAACGGCGGUACCAGAGUGAACACGGAUAACCAGAGUCUGGAGAACGAGGAGCAGCAGGUCGUGCUGAGGAGGAAACACCAAGAUCCCCAGGUCAAUAGGAUACAGCGUUCCAAAGAAGACAUCCACAUGGCUAAUCUCAAGAAGAAGACCCGGAAACGAACCCGCAAGUUUGAGAUCGACGGCGUCAUCAUGACCACCACCACGUCUAAGGUGAUUUGGGGUGAUGAAGAGAGCGGCCGGACCUGGGACGACCACGCCCUCCGCAAGCAGGAGCUGCGCGAGAUCAAGAUGCUGCAGAAGCAGGAGCAGAAGCAGUUCCAGGAUCUGAACGCGAAGGAGCAGCAACUCAGGGAACAGCAGGAUAAGAGGUUCGAGGGCGAGCUGUCGUCGCUGUCGCGCGCGCACGAGUCGGAGCUGGAGGCGCUGGCGCGGGCGCAGCGCGGGGCCGCCGAGCGCGCCGAGCAGCAGCUGGAGGCCGAGCUGCGCCACGCCGCCAAGAGGCUGCGCGCCGAGCACGACCGCGACCUGCGCCUCUUCCGCGACACGCUCAAGCAGGAGCUCCGGCUGCUCAAGCAGGAAGUGGAAUUAGUGUGCAAGGAGCGUCGUAAGGAAGCGUAUCGCGCUCGCCGCGUGACGCUCGACGCCGAGCACGCCGAGCGCGAGCGAACAUUCGUCGCGGCGCUCGCUGACACCAGCGACCACGUGCUGCGCCGCCUCCACGACGCGCACCGGCAGCGCCAGGCCCUCGCCGACCGCCAGUACCUGCAGCAGCGACAUCAGAUAAUGAGAACAAGAGAAGCAGCGCUGUGGGAAUUGGAAGAAAAACAGAUCCAUGAACGAUACCAGUUAGCAAAGAGACAACUCAAAGAUGAAUUUUUACUGCGGAGGCAGCAGAUGCUAGUCAGACAUGACAAAGAGUUGGAACAGAUCAAACGGAAGAACACAAGAAAAGAAGAAGAAUUAGCCAAGUGUCAAGCUCUUGAGAAGAGAUCGUUGCCCAAGCGCAUCCGAGCUGAACAGAAAGCCAGAGAGAUGAUGUUCCGAGAGUCACUGAGGAUCAGCACGGCUCCUCAGAACCACGAAGACGACAGGGAUAGACUGAAAAAGUUCCAAGAGAACGAGAAGCGAAGGUACAAAGCUGAACACCAGAGGCUCGCCACGAAGCACGCCAAGGCCCGGGAGGAGCUUAAAGCUCAAGGCGAGGCCAUGCUGCGAGAACUCGAGCAGUUCCAGAACGAAAAGCGCAAAGCUCUCAUGAACCACGAGAGCAACAAGAUGAAAGCUCUCGAGGAGAGGUACUCGUCGGAGCUUAAAGAGUGGAAAGCGACUCUAGGCGACAGGAAGGCGCGACUGAUAAACGCGUUCGAGUUGCAACUGGACGAUCACGAGAAGAAGUUCGGAACGAAGAUAGCGGACCGCAGCGUUUACCUAGACGCCCCCUGGCCACGGAAUGUUCUGCAGCACGUUCUGAGCGUGUACCACCACAGGACCUCAUUCAUAGGCUCCCUGUCUCGUUCGAGGACCAGUCUGAAUCUGCUGUCAUCGACGACGACCCCCGACAUGGAUCGCAGGAGGAGCAUCAGUCCUGGGAAUCGAGGGACGAAGGCCGCAAGUGCGGACACGACGAAGCGCGGCAAAAUGUCGAAAGCUUCACGCUACGCUUCGACGUCGAACUUAAAGCUCGUGUCGGAAAAGAUAUCCGGUUUCUCGGUCUUUAGCAGCGACGAUUGGAAACGCGGUCCGAUAAUGGCGUACGGUGAUGAUUUCUCGUCGAGGAUCGACGAAGAACCGAGACGGGCGUAUGAGAAGACAAAGGUCGAUAAAAAGAAGAACAGGCAGAGUCUGUCGGAGAAUUUGUUCAGGGACCCGACCUUGACCCCGAUGAAGAGGAGCAUCUCGCAGCACAACCUGAAGCAAGACAUAGCGAUGGAGGCGGUUAUGAUCGAUGUGCCCCCGGAUAAAUACGACACGGUCAAAAGCGGCAGCACGUUUUCGCAGAGCAGUGACCACGAGGACUCGGGUUUCAGCCGAUGGGGGGCAGUGCGAGGAUCCAACUCGUACUCCAACAGCGACGAUGUACCAGUCACCCAGCUGUCGACCAGAAAUCUGAAACACACUAUACGAAACGAAGAUCCCUACGAUUCUACAGCUUAAUUCAAAAGACCUAGAGGCGUGCCAAACGAAUUACCCUAGAGUCUUUCGAAAUUAGAAUCGAUAUAAUAGAGACGCGAUUUAAUACUUUGACUGUGUUUUUUUUAUUGCUUAGAUGGGUGGACGAGCUCAUAACCCACCUGGUGUUAAGUGGUUACUGGAACCCACAGACAUCUACAACGUAAA